CAAAUGAGAACUUGUUCUCAACUAGCCUACCUGGUUAAAUAAAGGUGAAAAAAAAAAAGGUAUUCCAAGAUGGGUGAACAAUUUGUCGAAACUUCCACUUUGCUAGAGUCAGCACACCAUUUACUGUUGAUGAAGAGGCGUAUCCCUCCCCCUCACGAUUUCCCUGAAUCUGAUGUCCGGGCUGCUCGUUGAAUGGAGAAUCCAUUCUGUUGGAUAGCCAUGGGGGUAUCUUGUCUGAAAGCCAUGUUUCAGAAAAGCAGACCAUAUUGCAGUUACCAGAGUCGUGUUGACUAAAAAUCAAUCCAUAUUAUUAUCAAGAGACUGUACAUUGGCCAAUAGAAUGUAGAGAAGAGGUGGCCAAUUUUCCCUUUGCCUGAAUCUCACCAGGGCUCCCCUCUCCUCUUGGAUAGCCUGAAAAUAGCAUUGGAAUUACAGAUGGGUCGAAAAAUGAAGCUGCAAUUGAGGUGAUCUGCCGUAUCUGCCGAUCUUAUGUUCAAAAGUUCUUGUCGAACAUAAGAAAUCAUAGCUGAGACAUUUUUGUGCAAAAAAAAGUAAAUAUAAACAUCAAAAUAAUCACAAAAUAGCAAAGUUCGGUUUGAGCUCGCAAGACGGCAGCCAUUCAGUAACAUGCUGACCAGACCGGACACGAGCGUUGCAAAAUAAAUUUAGAAAGCCAUGUUAUUCAAUUAUUGCACCCACCCUGCGCGCCAACAAGCGUAUGCGAUGCCAAGGACUAAAAUAGAACUCCGUUCUAUUUCUGACGCAGAUCGCGCUGCAAGUCCCGCCUCUCCCAUUGGUUUAUAGACGCAGGUACCCAUGUGCCAAAUGUAUGCACGAUGGCGCACGAUGGCGCACGAUGGCGCACGAUGGCGCACGAUGGCGCACGAUGGCGCACGAUGGCGCACUCGGGCAGCCGGUUUGGGUUCUGUGUAAGGCACCACCUUCUUUGCUGCUUCACUGAGCUAACAAAGCCUGUAGUGCCUUUCACAUGAAGCUCUACCAAGCUCUCCUUUACGUUGACAUACUCCUCAGACUAAGCUGUCCUUCGCAAUGGCAGCAUCUCAAAUGGCACCCUAUGAUAUUGACAUACUGUACUUCUCAAGACUAAGAUGUAAUUUAUAUUGACAUACCCCUCAAGACUAAUUUUAAAAAGUAGAUCUUCCAACGGGUCAUACCGUAUUCACUCACAUAUUGUCGAUUAUUACAGUUAAAUCGUUAUAUACAGUAUAGUGUGUAGUGCAGUGCUAUUAGCAAGGAAUACUCAAUCAGUAGUAUCAUUUCAAUGAGUAUAGUCACAGUAUAACCUAACGUAGCAGGUGUAAAAUAAGUUGUAUUUCUUUCUUUCUGGUCCUGACGAGAGAAAAAAGAACUCUUCUGCACUGUUGAACCAAUCCAAUAAAUGUGGAGGAGGAGUUAAGAUGGACUGUCGCUUUAUUAACAUCCAAAAGCGGAAACCUCGUCACGGACUCCCUUUCCAAUUCCCUUGAAAACUGGAUGCAUUGACCCCGCAGAGGGUGGCCACAGUACAGAAGGACCAGAACCUGCUGUCGACAGUGAACUGCUGGUACCUCGUUCUGAACCAGACGAGGAGAGAGAGCAGAGACCAUGCUACCCUCAGCGACCUCUACAACAAUAACGUCAUUGUCCGCCUAGCACACGUCGGAGAGGAUGUCAUCAGACUCUUCAAGAAGAGCAAAGAAAUCGGGGUGCAGAUGCACGAGGAGUUAGUGAAAGUCACGAACGAGCUCUACACUGUGAUGAAGACAUACCACAUGUACCACACAGAGAGCAUCAGUGCAGAGAGCAAGUUGAAGGAGGCGGAGAAACAGGGAGAAAAGCAGAUCGGCAAGGCCAAUGAUGUCAGCACCAGCCUCCUGCGCCAUGACGACCGCCAACAGCGACGCAGCUCCGUCAAGAAGAUGGAGAAGAUGAAGGAGAAGAGACAGGCCAAGUACUCUGAAAACAAGCUGAAGUGCACUAAAGCACGGAAUGACUAUUUGUUGAACCUGGUGGCAACCAAUGCUCUGGUGGCCAAAUAUUACAUCUACGAUGUCUCUGACAUGAUAGACUGCUGUGACCUGGGCUACCAUGCCAGCCUGGCACGGACCCUGAGGACCUACCUGUCUGCAGAGUACAGCCUGGAGACAUCCCGCCAUGAGGGGCUGGACCAGCUGGAGGGUGCCGUGGAUGCCAUGGAUGUCAGGGGGGACAAACACAGGGUCAUGGACAUGCACAGCCAGAUCUUCUGCCCGCCCGCCCGCUUCGACUACCAGCCACACAUGGGCGACGAGGUGUGUCAGGUGAGUGCCCAGCAGCCGGUGCAGACAGAGCUCCUGAUGCGUCACCACCAGCUCCAGUCCCGCCUGGCCACACUCAAGAUCGAGAACGAGGAGGUGAGGAAGACUCUGGAUGCCACCAUGCAGACACUGCAGGACAUGCUGACGGUGGAGGACUUUGAUGUGUCUGAGGCUUUCCAACACAGCCAGUCCACUGAGUCGGUCAAGUCUGCCUCGUCCGACUCCUACAUGAGCAAAGUCAACGUUGCUAGGAGACGAGCCAAUCAACAGGAGACCGAGGGCUUCUACUUCACUAAAUUCAAAGAGUACCUGAAUGGCAGCAACCUUAUCGUGAAACUACAGGCCAAGCAUGACCUACUGAAGCAGACUCUGGGAGAAGGGGAAAGGGCUGAAUAUGGAACAACACGUUCAUGUGUAUCUGCACACCCUUCACCAACCUCCUCCUCCACCAUCAGCCCCCCCACUCUUCCCGCUAAACCCAGGAGAAUGCGGAAGCCUAGACCUUGCUCCGUUUUUAAUCAGAAACUCUUUAACGGCAAUAUGGAGGCCUUCAUCAAGGACUCAGGGCAGGCUAUACCAGUGGUGGUUGAGAGCUGUGUCCGCUACAUCAAUCUAUACGGCCUUCAGCAGCAAGGCAUAUUCAGGAUUCCCGGCUCCCAGGUCGAAGUCAACGAUAUAAAAAAUUCAUUUGAGAGAGGUGAGGACCCAUUGGUCAACGACCAGAGUGACCAUGACAUCAUGGCGGUGGCGGGAGUUCUGAAGCUGUACUUCAGGGGGCUGGAGAACCCACUGUUCCCCAAGGAACACUUCCUCGACCUCAUGUCUACCAUCAAACUAGACUCUGGUGCAGAGAGAGCUCAUCACCUUCAGCAGAUCGUUGUAACUCUUUCUCACCCCGUCAUCAUCGUCAUGAGAUAUCUGUUUGCAUUCCUCAACCAUCUAUCCCAGUACAGUGAUGAGAACAUGAUGGAUCCCUAUAACCUGGCUACCUGCUUCGGCCCGACUCUGAUGCCCAUACCUGAUGGUCACGAUCCUGUAGCCUGUCAGACACACGUUAAUGAGGUCAUCAAGACCAUCAUCAUCCACAACGAGGUCAUCUUCCCGAGCCACCGUGAGCUGGACGGACCGGUCUAUGAGAAGUGCAUGGCUGGAGGAGAGGAGUACUGUGACAGUCCCCAAAGUGGGCCAGGUGCCAUUGAUGAAGUGGACAACGGUACAGGACCUCACACCAGUGAUGAUGAACUGGAGCAGAUCGAGGCCAUCGCUAAGUUUGACUAUGUGGGGCGUACUCCCAGAGAGCUGUCCUUUAAGAAGGGGGCAUCACUGCUGCUGUACCUGAGAGCCUCUGAUGACUGGUGGGAGGGACGACACAACGGAGUGGACGGACUCAUCCCACAUCAGUACAUUGUGGUGCAGGACAUGGAAGAUGCGUUCUCAGACAGUCUGAGUUGGAAGGCUGAGAGUGAGGCCAGUAGUGGACCCCACCAGGAGGACAGAGACCGAACCUCAUCCAGGAACCGUGACCGCAGCUCCCCCUGCGAACACAGACAACAUACCCCUGAACACCACUAUGGAGAUGCUCUUGGAAGGGUGAGGGUUCGUUCAGACGGUGCUGUUAUCCCUCACCACAGGAGCACCGCCGACACUCACAGCCCCACCCGAGGUAUGGACAUGCCCCCUAGGGUCAUGCCCCGCCCCUGCAGCCCUCACAAGAUGGCUGUCAGCAGAGGCCGCAUGGACAGUCCAGAGAAACGCCAUCUCAGCACGUUCAGCAGCACAGGAAGUAUCAACCAUCCAGAUAGAAAGUGCUUUCGUGAUGGCCCUGCCCUCAGACCCUCCCCCGGUUCCACCCGCCACGGUAGCCUUGGCGACCAGAAAUCACUGGCAGAGGACAUAGAGAAGACCAUGAACACCGCCCUGCAUGAGCUGUCUGAGCUUGAGCGGCAGAACGUGGCCAAGCAUGCUCCCGACGUGGUCCUGGACACGUUGGAGCCCCUGAAGCAGCAGCACCUCUCCUCCUGUGGGUCCAGACCCCCCUCUGAGCCCCCUGGCAGCCCCCUCCACACCAACACCAUGGCCAUCAGAGACCCUGACGCCGCCCUUCACCGUAGCAGCAGUUCCUCGUCCUCCGAGACCAUGAGCACCUUCAAACCGGCCCUGACUGCACGGAGGCCCAGCGCCCCCCUCAGGCCGCCUCCGGUCAGACCGCUUCGGCCUGCUCCCAUCCACCUGGGACAUGGCCAGGGACAGGGGGGACAGGGGCAGCACAGGUCUAGUAGUUCCAGCUCCUCAGGCCUGGGAAGUCCAGCAUCUAUCACUCCCACAGAUAGGGUGUUCCCCAAGGCUCCAUCCCCGUCCCCCUCCACUUCCUCCUCGUCCUCAGACAAACAGGGUCACAUGUAGCCUGGCUAAGCAGGCUGCUGCAGUCACAGAAAGAGCCCAGGAACUAUAGAGACAAUUGACUGAGCAGGCUGCAGCACAGAGCCACAGGUCAGGAUAGGCAUACAGUAAUAAGAAUGGAGUAAGCUGCAGCCAUAGCCCUGUACAGGAGCUAUAGUAGGAACUGACUGGACAGGGCACAGUCUGAUCACAGCCACAGCCCAAGAGAUACAGUACAGAAGGAAGUGAUUCCGCAUUAUGAUUGCUCAUAAUCAGCAUCUUCUUCAUUUCCUUCUGGCUGUGACAACGUACACAUUGAGACCUUGUCUCUGUGGGAACAAUAUCGACCACUAACUAGUAGGAGGUUGGAUUCAACAUGUAGGAUGAAGGCUGAUUAAUUGGUUUAUUGACAGCCGGAUGUCCACCAAUAUUAACUGUCUGCUUGUCAGUUGAGAUUCUGAAUCACUCAGAAGAAACAUGAACUGUACUAUGAUAAUCAUUAUAAAGUAUGUUUUUACUCUCUCCAUGUGGCACAGAACUGCCACAGAACAAACCUGAUCAAAUGGAUGCACUGGAUAACACUUUGUUUACUGUUAUAGCCAUCUGUGGUUGUAGCCUGCUAGUUUGUCUGAAUAACAAACCAUCUCAAACUGAAGUUGGGUGUUUUUGAGCUGGUAGUCUAAGACUAGCGCCUUCUUCGUCUGCAAAUAGGAAGACUUAAUACAAUCUCUUGAUCUGUCUUUCUCUCUCUCUCUCUCUCUCUCUCUCUCUCUUUCUGUUUCACUCUCUCUCUAUCUCUCUCCCCCAGAUUAGCCGUGGUACCUCAAGAAAAGAGCACCCACCUUGUCAUGACUCGACCCAGUCUACUAAAGAUGCACUGAUCUGGUCUGGUCAUUUUCUAUGAGCCUGUACUAGUUGAUCCUGCAUGUGUAUAUAUAUAUAUUUAUAUUCAUACAGUUACAUGUUUGAAGACAUAGGAGAAUCAACCCCUGACAGGGUUAGUUGUCCUGUUACAUGUGGACUGGAUCUCUUACUUGGUGAACUAGAUUGGAUUCUCAAUUCAGGCCCAUUGUGUGUAACCACAGUUUUCUUAUAGUCCUGCUUUGGAGUUAUACAGUAUGUAGAUGGGCUUGCUUGCUUGGUGGUAUGUGUUCCUGUAUGUAUUAUAUGAGGGAUUAUUAUUCAGCAAAACACAUGUUUAAAGUGUUAUAGAUAUGUUUUGAAUGGAAAAUAAUAUGCAUAACGUUGAAAACUACCUGUAUGUAUGAAUAACAUGGUAUGCUAGAAACAGGAUAUAUAUUAUCAUUAACCUUGCAAAGGCAGGAACAGAACAAGAUAAUAAAUGUGGGGAAUCUGUAUCCGAAA